AUGUCCUCCGUCCUCGCAAGAUCGGCCCUUAGAGCCGCUGCCCGCUCGGCUACCCCCCGCACUGUCGCAAACUCUACCCGUAACUUCCACGCUGCUCGUGCUGUCGCCAAUGCUUCCCAAACUUCCAUCUUUCAAUUCUCUGAAGAUGAACUCAUGUUCAAGGAUACCGUUGCCAAAUUUGCCGCCGAUGUUGUAGCCCCUCGUGUCCGUGAAAUGGAUGAAAAGGAAGAUAUGGACCCCGCUGUUAUCCAAGGAAUGUUUGAUAACGGUCUCAUGGGUGUCGAAACUCCUGAAGAAUAUGGUGGUGCUGGUGCUUCUUUUACCUCGGCUAUUCUUGUGGUUGAAGAACUCGCCCGUGUUGACCCCUCCGUCUCUGUCUGCAAUGACGUCCACAAUACCCUCGUCUCUACCUGUGUUCGUUCUUGGGGUUCUAAGGAACUUAAAGAUAAGUAUAUGCCUAUCUUAAACUCUGAACGUGUUGGUUCCUUCUGUCUCUCUGAACCCGUUUCUGGUUCUGAUGCUUUUGCCCUUAAGACCCGUGCUACUAAGAAUGCUGAUGGUGACUAUGUUCUUAACGGCUCUAAGAUGUGGAUCACUAACGCUAAGGAGGCUGGUAUCUACCUUGUUUUCGCUAACGUUGCCCCUGAACAAGGCUACAAGGGUAUCACCUGUUUUGUUGUUGAAAAGGAAUUCCCUGGUUUCUCCAUUGCCAAGAAGGAAAAGAAGCUCGGUAUCCGUGCUUCCUCUACUUGUGUCCUUAACUUUGACGACGUUGUUGUCCCCAAGGAAAACAUUCUUGGUGAACUUGGCAAGGGUUACAAGAUUGCCAUUGAAUGUCUUAACGAAGGCCGUAUCGGUAUUGCUGCCCAAAUGACUGGUCUUGCCAUGGGUGCUUUUGAACGUGCCACUUCUUAUGCCUUUAACGACCGUAAGCAAUUCGGCCAAUACAUUGGUGACUUCCAAGGUAUGCAAUUCCAAAUGGCUCAAGCUGCUGUUGAAAUUGAAGCUGCCCGUCUGCUCCUUUAUAACGCCUCUAGAAUGAAGGAAAAUGGUCUCCCCUUUGUUAAGGAAGCUGCCAUGGCUAAGCUUAAGGCUUCUCAAGUCGCUGAACUCGUUGCUUCUAGAGCUGUCGAGUGGAUGGGUGGUGUUGGUUUCACCCGUGAGGAAAACCUUGAAAAGUUUUACAGAGAUGCUAAGAUUGGUGCCAUUUAUGAAGGUACUACAAACAUUCAGCUCCAGACUAUUGCCAAGUUCCUUCAAAAGGAGGCCCAGGGCAAAUAA